CUCUGUUCGUAUGUGUGUGUAUGAAGUGGAAGGAAGAGAGAAAGGGAGGAAGAAAGAAAAAGAAUAACACAUAGUGAGCGAAAGAAAAAAAAAAAGAGGUGGAGUGAGAGGAGAGAGAAAAGAGAAGAAGUGAGAGAAGGAGAAACGGAGAACAGAGUUCAAGAAGGGGAAACAUAAAAAUACUGACAGGAGAGAGAGAGAAAGAGAGAAGCGCAUCAUUUGCUAAGCUAAGUUUAUCAGUUUUUUUUCUGCGCUGAUUGUGUGUGGGUCAAACUUGGCAUAUUUUCAAUGGUGGAAAUAACUUUAAGAAAUACCUAAGAGGAUUGUUUGUCUGCUGUUGAAAAAUAAAUCUGCAAGCAAUUAAGGAUCGCAUAAAGCAAACCAAAUUAACUACCUCUGACCAUGAUGAAAGGACCACCUGGCAUAACUUUGCCACCAUCCUUACAAAAUGACUGUGUCAAUCCCCCUGGUAAUUUGGAUUCCAAAACUGAAAUCAAUAUAGGAGGACAAAAGUUCAACUGUGAUGCAGAUGAUUUGGAAAGUUUAAGUACCCUAGGUCAAGGUGCUUAUGGUGUGGUAGAGAAAAUGAGGCAUCGUCCCAGUGGUAAAAUCAUGGCAGUAAAAAGAAUUACUGCGACUAUUAAUGGAGAGGAAGAAAAAAGAUUACUGAUGGAUCUUGACGUAUCAAUGAAAAGUGGUUUAUGUACUUACACAGUGCAAUCUUAUGGAGCUUUGUUUAGAGAGGGUGAUGUUUGGAUAUUAAUGGAAGUAAUGGAUGCCUCAUUAGAUAAAUUUUACAAAAAGGUUUAUACAGACACACAUAUACCAGAGGAUGUUCUUACUAUUAUUGCUUCAUCUGUGGUACGUGCACUGCAUUACCUUCAUCAGAACCUCCAGGUAAUCCACAGGGAUGUGAAACCAUCAAAUAUUUUAGUUAACAGAUUGGGUUUUGUCAAAAUAUGUGAUUUUGGCAUCAGUGGCUACCUAGUAGAUUCUCUUGCUAACACCAGAGAUGCUGGUUGUCGACCAUAUAUGGCACCUGAAAGAAUCAACCCUUCAGUUUCAGGAAAAGGUUAUGAUAUAAGAUCUGAUGUUUGGAGUUUAGGAAUUACUAUGGUAAGACUCUAUUUCAGUCUUCAAAAGGAAUACAAAGAGCGACCUUAUUAUGGCACACUGUUGGAGCACCCUUUUAUUGUACGAGCAGAUACUUUAGAUGUUGACAUGGCAAAGUACAUUUCAUCUGUCUUGGACAAAUACACUGGCUGGGAAGGCUAAAUGCUUUGCAUAGUUUACAGAUGAAGAGGAAAGAAGAGACUGUAAAACUACUUUAUUCUUUGUUCAACUACUAAUCUAAUUGAUUUGGCAUCUAUUAUGAAACAUCAUAAACUUUUUACAUGUGUUGGUAUAUAAGCAUAUGUGUGUGUGUGUGUGCGCAAGGUUAUGGAUGCUUAUGCGCGUACAAUGUAUUUAUAUAUAAAUACAUUGUGUGUGUGUGUGUGCGUGUGUGUAU